AAGAUGAUUAUUUUGCUAUGAAAUCUUUUUGAACCUAUUUAGACUACUUCAAGUGGUAUACAAUCUCUUCUUUUGAAAUUCAUUCUGAAUUAAUUUUUAUUAAAUUUGGGUUCUCAAACAAUUGGUGAUUAUUAAUUCAUAUUUUUUCCCAGAUUCACUGGAACGCUGAGUUUUGUAACUGCCCCCUUUAAACCUAAUCUUAUCCUAAGGUCAUUUUAAAAUGGUUUUCUUCAAAUAAAGAAGGGCUUGAAAGGAUAACUCACUCCACGUUCCCCAUUUCCAAAUAUGCCAUAAAAACAGACUCUUUCUCAUUUAGAGCACUUCGUGUAGCCGAAGGAAAUCUCGCGUUUUUCUUAUUCUGCACACUUUGUGGCUGGAUUUGGAAAUCCAUCUGUUGAAGCGCCACAAUGUGGACUGGGGUACAGUAGCGCGUUCUUGGAUUAUUUUUGGCUUUUCCCUGUGUGUAAAUCAGUCCCAAGGGAAACGAGAGGCAGAGAGCUGAAACGUGAAUCUUCUUCCAUCACCUACUAUACCUUUGUGAGCUCUCAUCACCAUGGGAUCCUGUUUCAGCGCUAGAAAACUGCAAAAUCCAGAAUCAUCAGUUUGUCGUGCGGAGGCCACAUCUAUAGCGAAAGCCAAAACUGUCAAUGAUUUGAGAAGUCCAGGGGAAUGGGAUCUUGUUGUAUAUACGUACGAAGAAAUGAUAGUGGCAACCAAUUCCUUUCAAUCUGUUCUCGGCAGAGGUGGUUUUGGCAUCUUUUAUGAAGGAUUCAUAGGUGAAAAUGGUAGAGUUGCAAUCAAAGAGCGUGAUCUUGAAAGCCAACAGGGCGACGGUGAAUGGCUGACUCCGGUGAGAAACAAAUUUGCAAUAAACUGCUUAAAAGGGGGAGUCGGGCCGUGAUGAAGGUUUUGGUCCACUGGGAGAAUCAGACAGGUGAGGAGGCUACAUGGGAGUAUUCAGACGAGAUGUUGCUGCAAUUUCCAAAGUUCAUUGAGCUCACUUCUUGAGGGCAAAAGGCAGAGGUCAACUACUUGGCGCAGCUCCGACACCCUAACCUCGUGAAGCUAAUUGGAUACUGUUGUGAGGAUGACCAUAGGCUAUUAGUUUAUGAGUACAUGGCCUCCGGCAGCCUUGAGGAACACCUGUUUUCUGAAGUGUGCCCUAUCGUGACAUUAUUGAAAAGAAUGAAGAUUGCAUUGGAUGUUGGGAGGGGGACUUCAAAGCCGCAAACAUUCUAUUGGAUGCGGUUAGUACGUAAUCAUUCUAUCAAUUAGUCAUCUAUGUAGAUGGGCCCUUAAGAGUAGUUGAGCUGUAUUAAUAGUAGUUUAGAUAAAUUUGAUACCUCAGGAUUUGAAUGUCAAGCUUUCUGACUUGGGCUUGCCAAAGAUGGCCCUGUUGGAGAUCAAACUCAUGUCUCAACUGUAGUCAUAGGUGCUUACGGUUAUGCCGCUCUUGAGUACAUCAUGAGUAGUGACCCUUAUACUUGUCCAAAUUGAUCCCCAGAUGAACCCCAAAACUUGUUUUUUGGCCCCCAUCAAACUGGUCCCAUUGAACUCAUUCACACAUUAAUCUCUCUCUAUGUUUUUUUGUCAUAUCUUAAAAGAUGUUCCACUUCUAACUCAUUUAGGGCAUUUAACCACGAGAUGUGAUGCUCAUGGCUUUGGGGUUGUGUUACUUGAGAUGCUAACUAGAAGGAGAGCAUUGGACACAAGAAGGCCUACCGGAGAGCUAAGCCUCAUGGAGUUUGCUCGACCUCGCUUAACUCGCAUCAAUAGGUUCUUCGAGAUAUUAGACCCGAGAAUGGAAGGCCAAUACUCCAAGAAGACAGCAGCACUGGUAGCACACUUGGCCUGCCAAUGUGUCGACCAAAACCCAAAGGCAAGACCUACUGUGAGUGAAGUGGUCUACCAAUUCCUUUCAAUCACAGUAGGUCUUGCCUUUGGGUUUUGGUCGACGCAUCGGCAGGCCAAGUGUGCUACCAGUGCUGCUGUCUUCUUGGAGUAUUGACAUUCCAUUCUCGGGUCUAAUACUCUAAUAUCUCGAAGAGCCUAUUGAUGCGAGUUAAGCGAGGUCGGGCAAACUCCACGAGGCUUAGCUCUCCGGUAGGCCUUCUUGUGUCCAAUGCUCUCCUUCUAGUUAGCAUCUCAAGUAACACAACCCCAAAGCCAUGAACAUCACAUCUCGUGGUUAAAUGCCCUGAAUGAGUUAGAAGUGGAACAUCUUUUAAGAUAUUACAAAAAACCAUAGAGAGAGAUUGAUGUGUGAAUGAGGUCAAUGGAACCAGUUUGAUGGGGGCCAAAAAACAAGUUUUGGGGCUCAUCUGGGGAUUAAUUUGGACAAGUAUAAGGGGCACUACUCAUGAUGUACUCAAGAGCGGCAUAACCGCAAGUACCCUUGACUACAGUUGAGACAUGAAACUAAAAAGAAGAAAGGUUGUCACGGACAGAGAGUAUGAAAAUAUAAUCUUUACUUUGUU